GGAACAAUAUGGUAUUGGCCAUGAUGGGUCGAUAAUUGGGGAAGCUGAAGCACCACGAUUUUUAUUUUUUGUUUCCAAAGUAUCUUCGAGCUAUCUACGACUUUUGAAUAUUUCUACUCCGUCAUUGGUGAUGACAUUUGUAAUGGUAUAUUUGCUUAGCUUUAAGCUACGCGAUAUAUUGAUGACAAAGCCAUUCGAAUUAACAUUCCGUGAAUUAGGCGAUCCAAACCGUUUGAUACGACUUUGCACAAGUAUAAGUAUAGCUCGUGAAGCGAAAUUAUACGAUUUGGAGCAUGAUCUAUAUGGGAAAUUGAUUUAUAUUUUGCGAUCUUCGGAAGCAUUGAUUCGUUAUACGCAAUAUAAAAUGAAAAAUAUUAUUUAA